AUGCCGGGUCUCUACUGCCCCACCAGCUGGACGCCGCUGCCCCUCACGGACUCCUGGGUCCGGGCCUGCGCCAACGGGCCCUGCCUCAGCCUGCGGGCCAGGCUCCCCUACCACAACCCGCGGUCGCAGCCGGUGGACGGCGUGUUCGUGUACCCGCUGGCGGAGGCCGAGGUGGUGUCGGGCUUCGAGGCCGAAGCGGCCGGACGGCGCGUCUCCUUCCAGCUGCAGAGCCGCCGCCGCUCUCAGGCCGCCUGCUGCCGCGCGCUGGGCCCGGGGCUGGGGGCCGCCACUCCCCGCCGCUGCGCUCAGGGUCAUCUCGUCUUGGAUCUGGCCCAGGCCCGGUCCACGCUGGUGCUGCCCACAGGCCUUAUCGCCGCGGCCGGCACCAUGACGGUGACCCUGCGCAGCAGCCGGGAGCUGCCCUCAAGGCCUGACGGGGUGCUGCGUGUGGCUUUGCCCUCUGUGCUCACCCCACUGGCCCCCCCAGGCCUGCCAGGGCCCCCCAGGCCUCCGGGGCUCUGUGACGACAGUCCCACCAGCUGCUUUGGGGCGGGCAGCCCUCAGGAGGGGCUGGCCUGGAAGGAGCCAUCUGCCCCUCGGGAUGUGUUCUCAGGCCCUGCCCGCUGCCCUGCCCCAUACACCUUCUCCUUUGAGAUGCUGGUGACUGGGCCAUGCCUGCUGGCAGGCCUGGAGAGUCCUUCUCAUGCCCUGAGGGCAGACGCCCCCCCCCAUGCCAGCUCUGCAGCCACUGUCUGUGUCACACUGGCAGAGGGCCACCGCUGUGACCGGGCCCUGGAGAUCCUGCUCCACCCCAGUGAGCCCCACCAGCCGCACCUGAUGCUGGAGGCUGGCAGCCUGAGCUCGGCAGAGUAUGAGGCCAGGGUGAGGGCCCGCCGGGACUUCCAGAGGCUGCAGCGAAGGGAUAGCAAUGGCGACCAGCAGCUCUGGUUCCUGCAGCGCCGCUUCCACAAGGACAUCCUGCUGAACCCUGUGCUGACGCUCAGCUUCUGCCCGGACCUGAGCUCCAAGCCCGGGCACCUGGGCACAGCUACGCGGGAGCUCCUCUUCCUGGUGGACGGCAGCAGCGCCGCACACAAGGACGCCAUUGUUUUGGCAGUGAAGUCCCUCCCGCCCCAGACGCUCAUCAACUUGGCCACGUUUGGCACAUCCGUGCAGCCCCUCUUUCCAGAGAGCCGACGGUGCAGUGAUGACACCGUGCAGCUCAUCUGUGGGAGCACUGAGGGCCUGCAGGCUGCUGGCAGCCCCCCAGAUGUGCUGGCGGCGCUGGACUGGGCCAUGGGGCAGCCCCAGCACAGGGCCCACCCUCGGCAGCUGUUCCUGCUCACAGGCGCCUCGCCCGCGCCUGCCACUACCCAUCGAGCUCUGGAGCUCAUGCGGUGGCACAGGGGGACAGCCAGGUGCUUCUCCUUUGGGCUGGGGUCCGCCUGCCACCGGCUGCUGCAGGGUCUGUCAGCGCUCAGCCGAGGCCAGGCCUACUUCCUGAGCCCCGGGGAGAGGCUGCAGCCCAUGCUGGUGCGGGCUCUGCGGAAGGCACUGGAGCCUGCUCUGAGUGACAUCUCUGUGGACUGGUUCGUGCCGGAUGCUAUGGAGGCACUGCUGACACCCCGGGAGAUCCCGGCACUGUACCCCGGGGACCGGCUGCUCGGUUACUGCUCCCUGUUCAGGGUGGAUGGCUUCCGGCCCUGCCCGCCUGGGGGCCAAGAACCCAGCUGGCAGAGCUUGGGCGGCUCCAUGUUCCCAUCCCCAGAGGAGGAGCCAUCUGCCACCAGCCCUGGCACCGAGCCCACUGGUACUACAGAGCCACUGGGAGCAGGCACUGUGUCAGCAGAGCUGACCAGUCCAUGGGCUGCUGGGGACUCAGAGCAGAGUACUGAUGCUCUGACAGACCCAGCCACAGACCCCGGACCCAACCCGUCCUCUGACACAGCCAUUUGGCGCCGCAUCUUCCAGUCCUCGUACAUCCGGGAGCAGUACGUGCUCACCCAUUGCUCUGCCAGCCCCGAGCCCGGCCCGGGCUCCACCGGCAGCAGUGAAUCCCCUUGCUCCCAGGGCCCUUGCUCCCCUGAGGGCAGUGCUCCCCCGAAGCCCCCUUCUCAGCAGGGCUGCUGCAGCCUAGCCUGGGUAGAACCUGCAGGUACUCGCUCCUGCCCCCUGCCUGCACCCGCAGCGGCUUCAUUCAAGGCUGGAGCCUCGAGUGCUGAGGUGCUGGGCCAUCAGCGCCGAGCAGUUCUGGCUCACCGAAGCCUCUCAUCGCCCCCAGGCCGGGCCAACCCAGCCCUCGGCCACCCCCGGCACCCCUCUCUGGGUACAGCGCCAGAUGGGCGAGGCCCCGAGCCAGGGCAGCAGCUGGGACAGGGCCUGGAUGACUCAGGAAACCUCCUCUCCCCAGCCCCCAUGGACUGGGACAUGUUGAUGGACCCACCUUUCUUGUUCACGGCUGUGUCCCCUAAUGGGGACUCAGCCCCUCCAGCAGCGCCAGUGCCUCCCCAGGCCCCCUACUGCCAUGUGGUGAUCCGGGGCCUGUGUGGCGGGCAGCCUCUGUGCUGGGAGGUAGAUGUGGGGCUGGAGACGCUGUGGGGGCCUGGGGAUGGAUCACAGCCUCCAUCACCCUCUGAAAGAGAAACUGCUUGGGACCAAGCACUCCACCGGCUGACGGCGGCCUCCGUGAUCCAGGACAAUGAACAGCUGGCUCUCCGAGGAGGGCCUGAAACCACAGCUGACCGAGGCCCUGCCCGGAGGUCCUGGCUUCGAGCCCUCCAGACAAGCAAGGUCAGCUGUGCCCCGUCCUGCUUCACCUGCCCUGUAGCAGUGGAUGCUACCACUCGGGAGGUCCUGCCUGGAGCCCUGCAGGUGUGGAGCUCAGAGCCAGGCCAGCUCCACAGCACCCCUCCUGCCUCUCAGGGCUCUCUAGAUGCAGCCCCUCUGCCCACAGUCUCCCACUCCAAAGGGCUGCAAGGAGGCUCUUCAGCAGGCGCCUGGGAUCCAGACCAGAAUGGCAACUCCAAGUCCGGGGUGGAUGACCCUGCAGCCCCCACUGCUGGUCCUCCCUGUCCGUACCCCCAGCCUCCCUCUAGGCUCGGCCUGGGCCGGCGGAGGGCCAAGGGUUCCGACAGCCGCAGCCUCUGUGGCCCUGACCCCGGCCUGGCGGCCGACACCCACCCUGCAGGCAACGGCCACGACUACCUGCCCCUGGUGCGGCUGCAGGAGGCCGCCGGCUCCUUCCGCCUGGACGCGCCCUUCUGCGCCGCCGUACGCAUUCCGCAGGAGCGCCUGUGCCGCGCCUCGCCCUUCGCCGCGCACCGUGCCAGCCUCAGCCCCACCUCGGCCUCGUCCCCCUGGGCCCUCCUGAGCCCUGGAGUGGGCCAGGGCGACAGCGCCACGGCUUCCUGCAGCCCCUCCCCCAGCUCGGGCUCCGAGGGCCCAGGCCAGGUAGACAGCGGCCGGGGCUCGGACACGGAGGCCUCGGAGCGAGCGGAAGGGCCGGGCCGCACCGACCUGCGGGGCCGCAGCUGGGCCACCGCCGUGGCCCUCGCGUGGCUGGAGCACCGCUGUGCCGCCGCCUUUGGGGAGUGGGAGCUGGCGGCGGCCAAGGCUGACUGCUGGCUGCGGGCCCAGCACCUGCCCGAUGGCCUCGACGUGGCAGCCCUCAAGGCGGCGGCCCGCGGGCUCUUCCUGCUGCUGCGCCACUGGGACCAGAACCUCCAGCUGCACCUGCUGUGCUACAGCCCGGCCAACGUCUGA